CUUUGCUGCACCAACACACCCUCACCAUGUCAGUCGGGGGAAUCUCGUGUCGGCAAAGCGCGGUUGCGUUUGCGGUUUAAGCGUGUUCGGGCACCUCUCGCAUCGGCUCGCGAAGGUGAAGGUGGCAAGCGCGCGCGCACGGGGCGCAGUCGACAUUAAGCGAGACGCCGAGGCUAGGGCACGACGGGCGGACAAGCAGCACGGAAGUCAGUCCGCGACGGUCACGGUUUGCAGCAGUGCUCCAGUAGCUCCUCCAGUCAAACGCGGUGGUCUCGAAGCGAAGCGUUGGAAUUGUGUGGCACUGCUGAGAGUGCUUGCUGAGGUGCAUUAAACGGCUCGUCACAACACCCCAAAAACACAGUCGCAAUGUCCGGCCUGUUCAACCUGCGGCGCUACGGUGCAUCCAUCGCCCGGCACCAUCUGCUAGCCUGCGGUGGCUCAGCCUGCCGACGGCCUCCACCGCACGCGUUUGGGCGCGCGUUGCACACGACCGCGGCGCUGGACCGUGUCGUCUCCUUUCACCUGUCCGACAUUGGCGAGGGCAUCCGGGAGGUGACGGUGAAGGAGUGGUACGUGAAGGUGGGCGACGUGGUCGAGCAGUUCGACAAUCUGUGCGAGGUGCAGAGCGACAAGGCGUCGGUCACGAUCACCAGCCGGUACGACGGGAAGAUCGUGAAGCUGCACCACGACGUCGACGGGGUGGCGCUGGUCGGCAAACCGCUGCUUGAUUUCGACGUGGUCGAUGAGGAAGGCGAUGACAGUGGUAGCAGUAGCAGUAGCAGCUCCGACGAGGAGGACACGAAAGCGGCUGCCCAGCAGGCGGGUCAGGUGGCGGCGACGGCGGCAUCCGGUAAGGUGCUUGCUACGCCCGCCGUCCGGCGGAUAGCGAUGGAGAACAAGGUGGACUUGUCGAAGGUACCGGCUACCGGGCGGAACGGACGCGUACUCAAGGGUGACGUGCUCGAGUUCCUGGAGGUGAUACCGAAGGGUACGGUCAAGCCCCAUCCGUCACUGGUGGCCAAGGAGCAGCGGAAGGCGGAGCCGACGGCCCCGCUCGAUCUGAAGCAGGCCGAAACGGUCGUUCCACUCAAGGGAGUCGCCAAGGCGAUGGUUCGCUCGAUGACGGACGCACUGAAAAUACCACACUUUGCGUACUGCGACGAGGUGGACGUGACGCGGCUGGUGGCGGUACGCGCCGAGCUGAAGGAGGAGGCCGCCGCCCGCGGCGUGAAGCUCACCUACAUGCCGUUCUUCCUGAAAGCGGCCUCGAACGCGCUGCUCCAGCACCCGAUACUGAACAGCUCGUUCGACGAGCCGUCCGAGAGCGUCAUCUACAAGCGCUACCACAACAUUAGCGUCGCGAUGCAGACGCCCCAGGGGCUGGUGGUGCCGAACGUGAAGAGCGUCGAGCAGAAGUCGAUCCUGCAGAUAGCGCAGGACCUGAACGCGCUGCAGGAGCGGGGCGCCAAGGGGGCCCUCACGCCGAACGAUUUUGCCAACGGCACGUUCGCCCUGUCCAACAUUGGCAUUAUUGGCGGCACGUACACGCACCCGGUCGUGAUGACGCCCCAGGUCGCGAUCGGUGGGCUCGGCCAGACGCGGGUCCUGCCCCGGUUCGAUGCGGAUGGGCGGGUUGUGCCGGCCCACAUAAUGGUGGUCAGCUGGACGGCGGACCAUCGCAUCAUAGACGGCGUCACGAUGGCCAGCUUCUCCAACCUGUGGAAGCAGUACCUGGAGAACCCGAACCUGCUGAUGCUCGGUGCGAAGUAGGCGGAGGACGGCAAACCGCGACGCAAACGAAAAGAAAACAUUCCUUUCCUCCCACAGGGACGAGAAAAAGAGACAGAUCGAUAGAGAGAGAGAGAGAGAGAGAGAGAGAGAGAGAGAGAGAGAGAGAGAACCCUCUAAUGUGCCGAUAUUGCAUUUACUAGUUGUGUAAGGCUCUUUAUAUAAUCCCUUCCCGCAUGCGCGACUCCCUAAGCGACUCUCCCGGGGGUGCUACGUGCGUACGUCAUCGAAUGACGUACCGGAGCAGAGCUCCACGAGGCCCUCCAGGCGGUCGAUUGGAAGACGCGCGUGCAGAAUGUAUCGUUAUGUGCUAGCACUGUAUCCUUUGUGUUGUUGUGUCGUCCCUACGACGGCUCCCUCCUAGCGCUUCCUCGACCAAGUCAAUAAAGAACGUCAAACGCCUGACAUAAACUACUCCACGUUGAUGGAAAUGGCUGCAUUAUA